ACCAAGACCUCCACCGGUUCCUUUCCCAUCCCGUCUGAAGAAGCACAACGAGGAUCGACAAUUCAUGAGAUUUGCCGAGAUGCUAAAGAAGUUCGAGAUCGCCAUGUCUUUCACAAAAUCCAUCCUAGAGAUGUCAUCUUACACGAAGUUUCUCAAAGACAUACUCACGAAGAAUCGAGUAGUGAAAAAGGAGACGGUAUCGCUCAACAGCGAAUGCAGUGUGUUAAUUCAGCAUGAGUUACUGCCCAAGCGAGCCGACCCAGGAAGUUUCUCAAUAUCCUACAAAUUGGGUAAUGUUCUAUUGACAAAGCGUUAUGUGAUCUCGGAGCCAAUGUUAGCCUUUUCCCGUUAUCGAUCUUCAAGAAGGCGAAUGUAGGAGAGUUGAAGCCAACAAGGAUGGUGCUCCAGCUUCCUGACCGAUCGGUGAAAUAUCUCGCUGGGAUAUUAGAAGAUGUACCAUUUAAGGUGAAAAACUUUUAGUACAGAUCGACUUCGUGGUGUUGAACAUGAACGAGGACUCGAGAGUAUCGAUCAUCCUUGAUCGUCCAUUCCUUAACACUGCAGAUGCAAUCAUCCAUGUGAGAGCUGGCACGCUGACUAUGAAGAUAGGUGACGAGAUAGUGGAGUUUACUCUUGAUCAGAACCUCAAGCAGCCUUCUGUCAUGGAGUCCUCAUACUUCAUUGACAUGUUCGAAAUCUUGACAGAGGAGGUAUUUGAUCAACUGUAAGAUCACGCCCCCUGAAAAUGAUGCUCCUGAACUCCGAGGACAAUGCUGAUAAGGAGCAUAUAUAGACCUUUAGCCGAAUAUCGGAUGCACCCGACAUACCCCCGAUGGACUAUCGAGCAUCCCGAUCAAGGAUGUCCUUUCUUCCGAGGGAGACGCCGAUUUUGAGACCACUACCGCCGCUGAGAUCCAGAAAUCGAAAGAGACUCCAGCCACCACACCUUCUCCACUUAGGUCUGACUGGAGUCAAGAAGAUGCACCUGAAGUGGAACUGAUGCCCUUACCACAAGGUCUUAGGUACAAAUUUCUCGGCUCAGACCGAACUUACCCUAUGAUUAUCAGUUCUUCCUUGGAUGAUUCUCAAGUACGGGAGCUGUUGGAUACGCUCCGGAGAUACAGGAUGGUCAUAGGGUAUACACUUGCGGACAUAAAGGGAAUCAACCCUUCCCUUUGCAUGCAUAGGAUCCAUCUGGAGGACGAAUCCAAGAUUUCCAUUGAGCAUCAACGACGCCUCAACACGAUGCUGCAAGAAGUGAUCGUUCCAAAGAAAGAAGGAAUGAUGGUGGUCACCAACGAGAAGAAUGAGCUCAUUCCGACGAGAAUGGUGACCGGUUGGCGUAUGUGUAUUGACUAUCGUAAGUUGAAUGUCAACACGAGGGAGGACCAUUUCCCACUGUCAUUCAUCGAUCAAAUGCUAGAACGCCUCGCUCUACACUCGUACUUCUGCUUUUUCGAUGGGUACUCAGGUACUUACAGACGAAUUUGGUACUCAAUUAGGAGAAAUGUCAUUUCAUGGUCCGAGAAGGGAUCGUUUUGGGCCAUAAGAUCUCAAAGAAGGGGAUCGAGGUUGACAAGGCCAAGGUUGAGGUGAUCGGAAAACCGCCACCGCCACACAAUGUUAGAGCCAUCCACAUUUCUUGGGCCAUACGGGACUCUAUUGGAGGUUCAUCAAGGACUUCUCCAAAAUCUCGAAGCCGUUUACUGAUAACUCUUAUUUUUCUCUAUAUUUUUAAGAGAGUUUGUCUAGGUUUUACAAGAUAAUCACAUACAUUUAUAGGUAUUCUAGGCGUGUUAGGACACAAAACCCAGUUGUGUUUUAGUUUUGCAGAGUUACAGGUUUCAAAGAUGAUUGGAUGCGAAAAUGAACGUUUUUGGAGCGUUAGAGAUGAAGUUCGGAUGAGAUACUCAUAUUGCGAGAUCCGUAACUUUCUCUACAAAAUUCCAAAUCAUCCGAGACUUAACCAUUGGAAAGAACAUUUCAAGAGCUUCGCAUAGACUCCAAAAUCACGCAGACCCAACAUCAGAGCUGAAAGUUAUGAACAACAUCGUGAAGCCUGAGGAAUUUGCCAGAAAGUGAAACCGGUCCGGUUCCAUAUGGAACCGGCCGGUUCAAGAGGUCCGAGUUCACUUAUUUUGGACCGGUUCAAGAAGGCCAAGAAACAGAAGGUGGAACCGAUCCGUUUCGAUAUGGAACCAGACCCGACGGAGAAAAACCCUAAUUCGCAAUUUUUAGAGUCCUAAAGGGAAAAAGACUCUUGGGAGCCACCCUAGGGUUAUAAAAAAGGCUUAGCCACGUCCUAGAAGAGAGGAGAG